CAUCCUACAGUCAUACACCCGGGCCAGCCGUUGGGAAUGUCAUGCAAAAGUAGUCCAUUGUCACGGGUUUGUUGUCGUGUUGUAGCUAGGUCACUUCGUACCGUUCCAGUUUUCCGUUCUGCACCAGAUACUUCGCGAUGACGCUGGUUGAAUCGCUUAAGAGGGUGCAGACUUCCUUUAAUUCAGUGCACGUUUACCAUUUGGCGACCGUUUUCUGUUUAGCAUUCGUGGUGCUGAAAGUUGCAAAGCUGUUUAUCGAAAGGCGCAAAUGGAUAGAGGUUCUCCGCGAUUUUCCCGGACCACCUGCUCACUGGCUCUACGGACACGUUAACGAGUUUCAUCAAGAUGGGACGGAUUUGGAUACGCUGGUAAAAUGGGGACAGUCGUACCCCAUGGCGUUCCCACUAUGGUUCGGGCCGUUCGUCUCCUUCCUGAACAUCCAUCACCCGGAAUACCUGAAAACACUGCUGGCCUCGACAGAACCCAAAGAUGACAUUGCAUAUAAAUUCCUUAUCCCGUGGAUAGGUGAUGGACUGCUGGUGUCUCACGGGCAGAAGUGGUUCCGGCACAGACGACUGCUGACCCCAGGGUUCCACUACGACGUCCUGAGGCCGUACGUGAAGCUCAUGGCAGACAGCACCAAAGUCAUGCUGGACAAAUGGGAGGCGUACGUUGACGGAGAUGGGUCUUUUGAGCUCUUCCAGCACGUCAGCCUGAUGACUCUGGACAGUAUCAUGAAGUGUGCAUUCAGCUGCGAGACAAACUGCCAGAUCGAGAGUGGGACCAACGCGUACAUCCAGGCAGUGUACGAGCUGAGCUACCUGAUAAACUUCAGGUUCCGGACCUUUCCGUACCACAGCGACACCAUCUUCAGCCUCAGUCCGCACGGGUUCCGGUUUCGGAAGGCCUGCAGGAUCGCACACCGGCACACGGAGGAGGUGGUGCGGAAACGCAAGGAGGCGCUGAAGGACGAGAAGGAGUUGGGAAGAAUACAGAAGAAGAGAAACCUGGACUUUCUCGAUAUUUUGCUGUGCGCGAGAGACGAGCAGCAGCAGGGCCUCUCAGACGAGGCGAUCCGGGCGGAGGUGGACACCUUCAUGUUCGAGGGGCACGACACCACGGCCAGCGGGGUCUCCUGGAUCCUCUACAGCCUGGCCUGCCACCCCCAGCACCAGGCCCAGGCCCGGGAGGAGGUACUACAGGCCCUGGAUGGGAAGGACACCAUGGACUGGGAGGAUCUGAGUAAAAUUCCGUACACGACCAUGUGCAUAAAGGAGUCUCUCCGGCUCUUCCCUCCCGUUCCCGGACAUUCCAGGAAACUCACCAAGCCCAUGACGUUCUGCGAUGGAAGGACCGUUCCGGCAGGAUGCCUCGUCGGGUCAAGUGUUUAUGGCAUUCACAGGAACGCCGCAGUUUGGGAAAACCCGGAUGUGUUUGAUCCGUUGCGGUUUCUACCGGAGAACUGCGCCAAGAGAUCGCCUCACGCUUUCGUCCCCUUCUCAGCCGGACCCAGAAACUGCAUCGGCCAAAACUUCGCCAUGAACGAGAUGAAAGUGGCUAUCGCGCUGACGCUCCAACGGUACCAGCUGGUCAACGAUCCCGAAAAGGCCCCGAAAUUAAUCCCACGUCUGAUCCUACGUUCCAUCAACGGAAUUCAUCUGAAAAUCAAACGAGUGAAACUCGAACCCUGACUAACUUUGGCAUCUUUUUUUUUACUAGCUUGCAUCAGUAUGUUACAUCAAAGGCUUGGUUAUUCUAGCCUAAAAAUAGCACUGACAAUCGGAACACAAUUUAACAGGUUCUCUUGUACAUUGGUCUUCUGGAGACCAUCUGAACGGCUGAAAUCCGUCUAAAUUUUUCGUUGACAUUUUUAGUCUGUGAUCGUGAAACAUGUUUGAGAUGGUGACUUCUCAGAUCUCAGAUACUACAGUUUACCUGACGCUGUAACCCAGACUGGUAAAAUUAAAGAAAAUAAUUAACGAAGGCCUAAUAUCAGUAUGACAGAAUAAGAGUAGCCAAGGCUAAAAAUUAAGGGAUAGGCUACUUUUGAAAUUAAGGCACAUUGACUGUAAAUAGGUUUCCUGUGAGAGCCGGCAUCCAUUGAUAUUAAAAGAAAAGUGUAUUAAAUCGUAUUAAAAGCAUUGUCAUGUUAUAAAAAUAUUUAAAAAUAAACUCAAUUAAAGCUUUUUUUAUAGCCUAAUAGGCCAUGACAAAUCGUCAUCCAUGAUUCUGACUGACUGCAGUGAAAGUAACCAUAAGGAAAUUGCACUAGUGAUUUUAUGUGAUACUGUUCCAAAUAAACACUUGUCCUACA